AUGGAGGAAUAAUUAUACAAAAUCGUCAUAGUUGGGAAUAGCGCUGUUGGAAAGUCUUCAUUGCUAAUUCGUUUCUGCGAUGAUCAAUUCAGAGAUAUGUAUCUCAGCACAAUUGGAGUUGAUUUUCGUUUUAAAUCUCUGAGGGUUAAUGGAUAGGGAGUUAAAUUGUAGAUAUGGGAUACAGCUGGUUAGGAAAGAUUUAGAAAUAUUACUAACUCCUAUUAUAAAGGAGCAUAAGGGAUUGUUGUCGUGUAUGACAUCACUAACCUUAAGUCUUUUGAAGAUAUCCGUAAAUAUUGGAUGAACGAACUUAAUCAUUACGCGGAUGAAAAUGUUUUAUUGAUGCUAUUAGGAAACAAAAGCGAUUUAGCAACUGAUGAGUCUAGAUAAGUUACUACAGCUAUGGCUGAAGAAUUGGCCAAAGAAUUUAAUCUAAAAUUCUUUGAAGUAAGUGCAAAAACAAGUGACUAAGUAUUUUACAUUAUUAUCAAUUAGGUUGAGGCUGCAUUUCAAGCUUUUACAUAAUAAAUUUAAGAAACAGGAAUUGCUGGAAAAGUAAGAAAACCACAACCUUAACAAUUUUUACAAACUCCAGUGCCCUAAGAAGAAAAACCUAAAAAAUAGGAUGGCUGUUGCUGA